AUGAUUUCGAAAUUAAUUGGCGUAACUUACUUUAAGAAUAAACUAUCAAAACAUUCAAGUAAACAUGAUGACAAUACUUCUAACAACAACAGCAGCAAUGACACAUCAUUUCCUACUACUAAUAGCACAGUAUUGCCAUCUAAACGAUCGAGUAUUUGCAUAUCCCAUAGAAUAAAGUCGAAACGAAACUCCUCCACUUCAUCUACCACUUCCUCAUCAUCAUCAUCUCCACCACCAACUCCAACUACACUUACAUCUUCAAGUACACGAAAAGUUGUUACUAGAUCGCAAAUACGACGAUCCAAUACGAUAUCUUCUGCAAGUGCAUUAAGACAUUCCCUCAAUGUAUCUAAUAGCAACACAAUACCAACAUCCAUACCCAAGAAACUGUUUAGUUUACCUAAUUCACCAAGUUUGACUAGUGAUUCUACAUUAAAUGAACCAAUUGAUGAUAUCCCUCAUUUUUAUAACACCACCAUGGAUAUCAAUGGUGCUGGCAAUAAGUAUUAUGGUUUGAUUAGUUCGACGAAUAAUUUGAUGGGCAGAGAUGGGUUAUUGACUCUAGAUUUGACUACGGGUAAUGAUACCAAUAGUUUAUUUACCACAGCCACUAGGGAGAAAUUGGAUAAUGACCUGAUAAUUAUUGAUCAACAAGAACAAGAAGAAUAUAAUAAAGGUAACGAGCAUAUGUACGGUUAUGGUUAUGGUUACGAACUUACCAAUAAUACUGCUGUUGCUGCCGUGGAAGGAACUAAAAUAGCAAGCCUUGCUCGAUCAAUUUCAAAAACGAAAAAGAAAAAUGUCCGAUUCGUAUAG